AUGAGCGACGAUGAUGAUAUCUCGAUUACGUCAACUGCACCCAGUGAGCAGGAGUCUGAGUAUGAAGUAGAAACUAUCUUGGCUGAGCUCGAAUUUGACGAUGGCAUCAAAUAUUUGGUGAAGUGGGCCAAUUACCCUAUUGAAAGAUGCACAUGGGAACCCCCCGAAUCCUUUUGCAAUGAACAGACUUUGAUCGACUGGAAUAAGAAGAAAAAGGCAAUUGCGGAAGGGAAGCGUCCGGCAUUCGAUUUUGUCAGUUUUGAAAAUCAUCUAGCUGCCCUUGAGAGGGCAAAACAUGACAGGAAGCAAAGAAGAGCCGCAAAAAGGAGACGUCUGGGGCUUGACGGAGCCCAGCAAAGUCAUCCUGCUGCGGAGAGUCCUUCGAGUAAUAACGUGCCUGACCCAAGUAUUCCUGACGUUAUUGGCUCCAAUGAUAUCGAAGUCGACAGAUCAAAGGCUUCAUCCGGACAAACUCCCCGAACGAAUGCCAGCACAGGAAGUGCGCAAGUACAAACUCAGCAACUUCCAAAGAGACCACCUCCACCUAUCUUGUUUGGAACUGCUCCGGCUCCCACGCGCCCGAAAAGGAUGAACAGUUCUGAGACGCCGAAGCUGUUCAAUUUGUCGACCAGAUGGAAGUACGAGAAGGCGAAAGCUUAUGAACCACCUCCUGAUAUGAACAAGCUGCAACUCAUUCGACCAUCCGACUGGCCAGCCAGGACUGGGCUCGCCGCGACAAAGACAGGGCUGCACAGCGUCAGCUCACCUAGCGCGAAGAAUGACGCCAGUACCGCUAGGCUCGGAUCUCAUAAUGUGAUCUCACCCACGCAGGAUGACUCAAGCUUGGCGAAGCUAGGUCCUCAUGAUGCUAGCUCGCCAAAUCAGGGUGACUCGAGUAGCGUAAAGAUUGGAUCACACAACAUUACUUCGUCGAAGCAAUUCAAUGCAAGUCUGGUGAAACUAGGCUCACAUAAUGUGAGCUCUCCUAAGUCGGUUACUUCGGGGAGACUAGGCACGCAUAAUGUCAGCGGGUCAAAUGGAAUCAAUGACAGUGCAUUGGAUCCACAAGCGCAAGAUGUCGGUUCGCCAAUGGACCUUGAUUCGGAUAAGGAGACUCAAGGCCAAAUUGGCCAAACUCGGGAGAAUUGGGCCCUGAGUUCACCGAAACGCGCACAGGAUGGGUCAUACAAGCCGAACGACAGCGUCCCAGACACAUAUAGACCAGCGUGUGGUGCGGAUACGUGGAGACCAGACCGUCCACUGCCAGAUAGCGGGAGUGGAAGCCAACCUUCCGGUGACAGUGUGAGACCCAAUACCAGCCCCCCAAUCCAUCGCCAUGAACUCGAAGACUAUCCGAUACCCAAGCUUCCAACAAGGGAACCAAGACCGGGGCCUACAUCGUCAAGAACCGCCAACAGUACUUCUGGAAUCAGGAAGAAGGAAAUCGGUUCGGCCAGGCUAUGCGGUCUGAGUCCCGAGAGUCGAAGCAGGCUCAUGUCUACCAAAAGGGGCAGCCGAAUCAAUGUCUGGUUUCAACAUACAUGCAACCUAGAAGAGUAUAAUGUCCUAUGUGAGAACACGAAAAACAAUAAGAAGUACUCCGAUGCUUGGAUAGAAGGGUUCGAUGAUACUGAGCCGAGCAUCUACAGAAUUGGGGAAGAACUUCGUCGCAAUGAGCUUGUGGCCAUAUCAUAUCCAGCUCCAGACAGCAGGAUGUCGAACGUGUUACUUGCCUAUUCCCCGAAGUCGUCAGACUUUGCGUUUCUCAAUGCAGAUUCUGCCCAUUUUAGAAUCCCUGAGGACGUUUUCCUAAAUGUCGCAGUCCGAAGCCAGUUGCGAGGGUUUGACACCAUCACUGCUCGGCGUGAAAGAAAGCGGCUUCAUGCUGAGUCACGCAAGCCAGUACCCCUCGCACUCGUAAAUGCCCCAGAUGCUCCAAGCAGAGCUCCCCCCACCGGAGCUGUGGCUACUCGGCCUCGUUCUGUGGGCGUUCCUAGUGUUUCGGCUCCGGAAGCCGUGAGACCUGUCAACGACAUGUCCAACCUUCGCAUUCAAAUUCCGAGGGAUAGCAAAGUCUUGCCACCAAAAGCAUUUGAGGCGUCAGACGUGACAAAACCGUCCGAUGCAGCAGAUGACUCAGGCUCAACAAACACAACUAGUGUAACCCCCAAAUUGUCAACUCAACACUCUGGCGCAGACAAUUUGCAAGCGGCACCCCAAAACACUCCGCGAGAAUUAGAGCUUGUGAAUGUAGCUGUACAGGAUCCCGCACAAGAAACCGGCGCACUAUUAUCAACAUGGCAGGUUCCAUUGCCGAAACACAGAGCUCCGCAACCAGCAACCGAGACCUCACCUAUGAGCUCUGAGGCUCGAACAGCGCCAGAGGCAGGCCCUGAAUUUCCUCGCCUCAAACACGACGCGAGUAUGGCUCAGUCUAUUGCAGGCGAUGUUAAAUCGCCGUCGCAGCCGUCUGAGAAUACUCUUGAUCUAGAUGCGGUCUUCAAAGACCAAUUUGGUGUUACUUAUGAUCUCCUGGCGACUGUGAACGAUGCUGAGAAGCCUACGAAGGCUCAAGUAUUUUACUUGAUGUUUCCUGCCGGGUCCGAAGUAGUGCAAGAAGAGUACGAAGUUAUGCACGAGUUUCUGAGAAGGCACAAUGCUGUGACUUAUUCAAACCGCCUUCCGGAAGAUUGGGAGAGAUUUGCACGCACAAUACACAAGGGGGUUGUCUUGGCUCAUGAAAGCUUUAUGAAUUACCAUGCCCUACCUUUCAUCAGGGACCUGAUCCAUCGAAGCGUCAGCUUCUGGAGCCUUUCUUUAAGAAAGCCACUACAAUACGCUGACCACCUCACGUACUUCCAGCGCGUAUUCCCUCAUGGUGGUGUCAUCCUAAUCACAGAAGACUUCAUGCUUAGGGACCCAGACGCCACCAUCAUCAUCCUGGCGUGGCUAAAGGAUUGGAUAAAGCAGAAAUUCCCAGGGAGUUGGAAGAUCAUGUUCCGUCCAAAUAUCCUGAACUGGCUCCUGAAGCAAUCUGAAUCGAAGGAUCCAUUCAGGCAGGGAAUAUGGUUGAGCAUGUAUGCUCUGAUCCUUCAAUUAAACAGUCGCGUGGCAGGCUCAGAACGGGCAGGUGGAAAUAUUCUCAGCGGCGCCGGCGGUGAGCACAACGAAGAUCCUGUGAUUUCACUCGACGCCAUCCCUCUCUAUGGUUCGCGCACCGAAGAUGAUGAUGCGAAUAUACCGAAAGGCCUCACACAGGAGCAAAGGAAUACCGACCACCUUGGAGAAUUCUUUGCCGGUUGGGCAAUAGUCAACAACCACAGGUUCAGACGGUUCGUCAUGCUCACGGCAGUGAAACCUCUACCGAGAUGGGAAUCCUGGCAACAUAUUGAGAUCAGAUAUGGCGCAAAAGAUUUUAUGAAGACCUUCAAGGUCGAGUACAAGACGUACUGGGACAAAGUGAAGCCUAGGCUAGGGAAACCAGGUCUGUCAUCGGAGGCGAAAUCCCAGAACCACAAUCCUGCCUAUACACCGCGGACGCCUGGAGCGAAUGGUCCUUCAGCCGAUGGGUUGGAUGUCUCGAGUGUCGGCGGGUUUUCUCACGGCCCUUCCAGGCUGAAAUACCCUCAACCAUACCAAUGAUCUAAAAAUGCUUUACUUUUGCUUUAUGCGUGACGGGCAGUUUCAUAUUCUUGUUUUUAUGCCCUUCGGUUCAAGGGGCGAUUGUAUCAGAUACCCAUGUAGUAGCAAGGUUUUACAUCAAAGGUCAACAGAAUAAUGGCCAGUGAUCAGAAAGACAAUGAGAAGAGGC